AUGUCUGGCAUCAUCAGCACCAUUGAAGGUCUGGCAAACACUGUCACCACCAAAGCCAUGUCCAUUGUCGAUUCUGUCUUUCCGCCAGAGCGCCGUCAGGAGCUCCUGACCAAGCUCCAGCAGUUUGCUGUCAAGAACCCAAAGCUUUCGGCCUUCCUCCUCACCAACAUUGCCCUCACGGGCCCGCCCAUGUUCCUAUUCAUCCUCUUCACCCUGACCGUCUUCAUCUUCUCGCUUGUCGUCGCCCUGCUCGUCGGCCUGCUUGUCGCCAUUGGUUUCACCCUUUUCAUGGUCGUCAUCGCUCUGGUCAUACUCUUCCCGACUGUCUUCUUCACCAGUCUUGCCGCAUGCUUCUUCUUCCUGUGGGGUCUGGGCGGAUACUACCUGCUAAAAUGGUUCAACAAGGGCGAGACUCCCGCAGCAGAGGGCGAAGCUAUCGGCGACAAGAUCAAUGCUCUUACUGGUGGAAGACUCGACUUCAUCAUGGGUGGUGCGCGUAAAGAGUACCCGGACCACUCUGGUCAGAAUGGCACCAAGGACGAAGCAAGUCCUAAACCAAAUGGCAAGCCUAGAAAGCUUCAGGACAACCCAGCCAAGUCGAGCGGAGUCGACAUGGGCAAACAAGCAGACUCGAUCAAGAAAAACGCCAAUGUGGGUAACGUCACCAAUCAGGCUACCAAGCAAGCUAACUUGGAGGGAGUGACCAAGCAGGCUGGAGUGGAUGGAGUGACGAAAAAGGCAGACGGGGUGACAGGCACGGCCAAGGGGCUGGCUGGAGGACUUGUGUAG